AUGUUUGCAAUUCUUGCGGGUCUGUGUGCCGCGGGAGCGUCGGUUUUUGGCAAAUUGUCCAGCACAGUGGAAACCCAGGUGCGUGUCACGAUGUGUAGUGAAUACAUGAACACACUGACAAUCAAUUUGCAGGUCUUCCUAGGUUGGACAGUCGUGGCUUGUUGCUUGAUUCUGAUGAUUGUGCUGAACGCUCUCGUGUGGACAUUCUUCGUGAAGGCUCUUCACGCGGGCGGCGGAAGCGUCGUGGCCACCAGCGUGAGCUCAGGCACCAACUACUUCGCCUCAGCUCUGCUGGGCUGGAUGAUCUUCGGGGAAAGCACGACGCUUCUCUGGUGGUUUGGCACAUCUCUCAUCCUCACCGGGAUCAUACUCAUCUCCCUCCCCGCCAGGGACAAACAAGAUUAA